AUGGCAGGUGAUCCAUUUUUAUCUGAUCCAUCAAAGAAAAGAAAACGUAAUAGAAAUACAUCAACAACCACCAAUAAGAGAUCAAGGUCAUCAACACCACAAAUAUCAUCAAGAUCAAAUCAUAAUAUACAACAAGAUGAAGAAAUAUCAAGUGAUAGUGAUAUAGAAGAUGAUGAUAUACUAAAUAAUCAGCCUGAAGGAAGACAAGAUGAAGAUUUAUCAUCAGAUGAAGAAUUUGAAAAUGAAACAGCAACAGAUAAGAGAAGAAGAUUAGCAAAACAAUAUCUUGAAAAUUUAAAAAAUGAAGAAAUUCAAAAUGAAGAAUUUGAUGCACAAGAUUUAGAUGAUGAAAUUUUAUCAAGAAGAUUACAAAUUGAUGUUGCAGAAACUAAAGGUCAUGUAUAUAAAUUUUGGGGUGAUAAAAUUGCACAACAAUUAGAUGAUAAUGAUAAUAAUCAUAUUAAAUUAAUUACAACAAGAAUUGGAUCAAAAAAUUUAACAAAUAUGUGUAUAUAUUAUCCUUAUCUAUAUACAGUUUCUAAAGAUAUUGAAAUAAUAAAAUGGGAUAUAAGUACCACUAGUAAAAAUAUAAAUAAAAAACCAACAAGAAUAAAACAUACAAAAGGAGGUCCUAAAUUUUUUAAUUUAAAUACAUCACAACAAAAAUUAAAUCAUCAUUGGGAACAAAUAAAUUGCAUAGCAGCAUCACCAGAUGGGAAAUAUAUAGUGACGGGUGGAUCAGAUUCAAGAUUAAUUAUAUGGUCAAGUGAAAAUUUAGUAUGUUUAAAAGUAUUAGAAACAAGAUCUUCAGUAAAUUCAAUAACUUUUAAAAGAAAUAGUGAUCAAUUAUUUGCAGCAUGUUCAGAUUUGAGAAUUCGAACUUUUUCAAUAAAUCAAUUUACUCAAUUGGAAGUAUUAUAUGGACAUCAAGAUAAUAUAACUGAUAUUUCAUCAUUGGCAAGAGAAACUUGUGUAUCUGUGGGAAGUAGAGAUAAAACUGCAAUGUUUUGGAAAGUUGCAGAAGAAACAAGAUUAACAUUUAGAGGUGGUGAUUCAAUAGAAAAGAAACAUCCAAAAAAUCAACAACAACAAAAAUCAAAACAAAUUAAUGAUAAUAAUGAUAACGACAACAAAAACAAAAACAAUAAUAAUGAACCAUUUCAUAAUGAAGGAUCAAUAGAUGUAGUAAGUAUGAUUGAUGAAUCUCAUUUUGUAACAGGUUCAGAUAAUGGAAAUAUAGCAUUAUGGUCAUUAGCUAAAAAGAAAGCUCAAACAACUAAAAGAUUAUCUCAUGGAUUACAACCACAAUUUAAACCACAAGAAGCAAGUGCUGAAACAUCAAUAGAUUUAGCAACUCAACAAAUUCCAGAACCUCAACCAUAUUGGAUUACAGCAAUACAUGCACCAGCAUAUAGUAAUAUUUUUUUAAGUGGAUCAUUUGGAGGAACAGUUAAAAUUUGGAAAUUAGAUGAAACUUUAAGAUCAUUUAAUUUAAUUGGAGAAAUUGAAAAUUUAAAAGGAUUUGUUGUUAAAAUUGAUAGUGUUGAAAUAUCAGAAUUAAAAAAAUUAAAAAUUUUUGUUUUAUUAAGUAAAGAACAUAAAUUUGGUAGAUGGUUUAAUAAAUUACCAGGAGGUAGAAAUGCAUUAGUAAGUUUUACAUUUGAUAUAUAG